AGUAAAAAAUUUUUAAAAAAGAAAUCUGUUGAACUUAUGAACUUGAAAUUUUUAUUUAUUUUUUAAAAGAUUAAUGUUUAUAAAUAUUCCAUUUAUUAUUUGGUUAUAAGCAUUCCACAAAGUGAAUAAUCCCUUUUCACUGAGUUUUGUUGAAUAAGGGUCAUUACAACUGUUAUCUUCUCAGUUAUUAUAUCAGUUUUAUUGUGUUGUGUAAGUACAAAGUUCAAUAGCCACUUUUACUUGUUUCGUCAUUGCAUUGAAUCCGAUAUAUGACCACUAUAUGAUAGUCAAUAAGAAGUUCGCCCAACGACCACUUCUCAUCAAAAUCUCUCAGCUUCAAUCACUUGGACAAAUUCUCUUUUAGAACUGAAAAAUGGGUGAUUUGAGAUUUGAUGGUCGAGUCGUAGUGGUUACUGGUGCUGGCGCUGGUCUGGGUAGAGCCUAUGCAUUACUUUUUGCAUCUAGAGGGGCCAAAGUAGUUGUUAAUGAUUUAGGAGGCGGCAGACAUGGAGAUGGCAGCUCUUCUAAAGCUGCAGACAGUGUUGUUGAAGAAAUCAAAAGAAAUGGUGGUAGUGCUGUUGCAGACUACAAUUCUGUAGUGGAAGGAGACAAAAUUGUGAAAACAGCAAUAGACAACUUUGGACGCAUAGAUGUCUUGGUCAACAAUGCAGGAAUUUUGCGUGAUAAGAGUUUGGUCAAUAUAUCAGAUCAAGAUUGGGAUUUGGUUCAUGCUGUACACCUCAAGGGUAGUUUCAAAACAACUCAAGCUGCAUUCCCCUAUUUCAAGAAACAAAAAUAUGGAAGGGUUAUCAUGACAUCCUCAAAUGCUGGAAUUUAUGGUAACUUUGGACAAGCCAAUUAUUCAGCAGCAAAAAUGGGCUUGGUAGGUCUAGCCAGUACUAUUGCAAUUGAAGGUAACAAAUAUAACACCUUCUGCAAUGUCAUAGUACCAACUGCAGCUAGUAGACUCACAGAAGACAUUCUUCCUCCUGAUCUUUACAAUGAACUGAGACCAGAACUCAUUGCACCUGUAGUGGCCUAUUUGUGCCAUGAAAGUUGCCAAGAAAACGGAUCCAUCAUCGAAUCGGCCGCGGGCUGGGCAGGAAGAUGUGCCAUAAUUCGGGCUAACGGUAGUCUUUUACGUUCCCGAAUAGCAGACGACGUUUCAGUCGAAAAUGUUCGUGAUAGAUGGACGAAAAUCACCGACGUUUCCGACUCGCAAAUAUUAGGCACCAUCCAGGAUGCUACCGGCGCCCUUAUGGCUUCCCUUGAAGGGUUGAAAAGCGGCGACGGCGGUGCAGGGGUCGAUGAGAGUGAUAUUUAUCAGUUUACGAACAGAGACAUCAUUUUGUAUGCUCUUGGGGUUGGUGCUUCUUUGUCCAACACAAACGAAUUGAAAUACUUGUAUGAGAGUCAUGAAAACUUUGAGGCGCUACCGACUUUCUACAUAAUGCCUGCCAUGCAGUCACUAAUGUCUUCUAACUCUAUAAAAACCGCCAUUCCCGGAAAAGAUAUAGGCCUCGAGCAAAUUCUCCAUGGAGAACACUACAUUGAGGUGUUGGGAGAAAUGCCACAAGAUGGACAAUUGGUGUCGAAAACACGGGUGGUUGAGGUUAUGGACAAGGGGUCGGGAGCUGCGAUUGUUGCAGAAGUUGAGACUUUCGAUCACAACGGGAAACUGUUAUUCCGCAACCAGUGUGUCACAUUUGCAGUCGGUGCUGGUAAUUUUGGAGGAUCAAGGACCGGCACAAAGGUUGUACCAUGCCAGGCUAAACCUAACAGGAAUCCAGAUGCCUCAUUGUCACAAAAAACUACUGUUGAUCAAGCUGCACUCUACAGAUUGUCAGGUGAUAGGAAUCCUUUGCACAUUGACCCGAAUAUGGCCCAAGUGGGUGGUUUUGACAGACCUAUUUUGCAUGGUCUUUGCACUCUAGGCCAGUCUGUAAGACUUGUCCUGACGGCGUUCGCUUCUAGUGAAGCCAGUUUAUUCAAAUCAGUCAAGGCUCGUUUCGUUAAGCCCGUUUAUCCUGGACAAACUUUGAAUGUGGAUAUGUGGAGAGAAGGCAACAGGAUAUUCUUCGAGACUACAGUUGUGGAGACUAAACAGGCACCAGUCAGAAAAUCUCUCAUUCCAGGUGCCUACGUAGAUUUGAAGUCCGUCAAAGUCCAGACCCCUCCUCAAGCCCCAUCCAACAUGACUGCCGGCAAUCUGAGAAGCGACGCCAUCUUCGAGUUCAUCAUCGAGCAAGUCAAAGCUGACCCCAACAAGGCCAAAUCUAUCGGAGGCGUCUUUCUGUACAAUAUCACCAAAGAUGGCAAACAGGCCAAACAGUGGACUAUGGAUUUGAAGAACGCCAAAGUGUUCCAAGGUGUUCCCGAUGGCAAGCCAAACACGACUUUGACCAUCUCCGAUGAGGAUUUCCUUCUGAUGUCAGAAGGGAAGCUCAACCCCCAAACGGCCUUCAUGAAGGGGAAACUGAAGGUCACUGGCAACAUCAUGAUGGCACAGAAGUUGGCCCCCCUGCUCAAAGCCAAUGCCAAAUUGUAAGAUGAAAAUAUUCGGUGGUCCUGGUUUUUAGUAUUAAUCUGUAUUUAUGGUAGAUUGUCACACAUUUUGAUGACGCAAAUGGGCGUUUUGCGAUAAAUAUUGAUUGUACUAUUAGUCCAAUAAAUAAAGGGAAAAAGUCAACAUUAAUUACGCACGCGUUUUCCAGUCAAACUUUGUCUCAUGUUUAAUGAGGUACCAAAAGCUACUUCCAACCGGAAGAUGAAAAUAGUGCGUAAUUAACGUUAACUUUGCCUUUUUUCCUCCUUCAUUUAUUGGACUAUAUGGAUUAUUACUUUUUUAUCAGCGUCAUGAAUUUUUUUCCAUUAUUUUAAUAGGUAUGAGAAGGUGGUUGAUGGAAUAGUUUUACUCAUUGUGGUGUAUCCUGUACUGUUGAUUAUUACUUUUGUACUGGGUGUUCAAAUAUUCUAUGGAUAUUUCCAGUUUUAUAAGACUUUCAAUAAAUGUUUAUACAAUGU